AGGGCCAUGAGCACCUCCCGGCCCCAAUUCAGCAUGGAUGAUGCCUUUGAGCUGUCCCUGGAGGACACGGGCCCUGGGCCUGAGUCCAGCGGAGUCGCCCGCUUUGGGCCACUGCAUUUCGAGAGCCGGGCCCGGUUCGAGGUGGCCGACGAGGACAAGCAGUCCUGGCUGCGCUACCAGAACCUGGAAAAUGGUAAAGAUGGAGCCCAGGCACCUCCGGAGCCAGAAUGGGGAGUCAGCACCAGGGAUCCUGGCCGAACAUCCAUCCGCAGCUCCCAGCGGUCCUUCAGCACCAUCAGCAGCAGCACUCAGCGCUCCUACAACACCUGCUGCGGCUGGACUCAACACCCUCUGACCCAGAAGAACCGCCGGGUACUGCUAGCCUCCUUCCUGCUCCUACUGCCGGGGCUGGUGCUGAUCCGAUCGUCGGGUGUCUCCAGCGCCAUCUUCCUCGUGCCUGGCUUCCCCUUGUUGGUCCCGGGAGUCUACCACGCGAUCUUCAUCUACGGUGCCGUGAAGGGCCACCGGGGCUUCCAGUUCUUCUACCCGCCCUACUUCGAGAAGUGAACUGCCUGCGGACGGCGGGAUCCAGCGUCGGCUCCGAGAGGCCC